AUGCACACAACGACAGCGGCCGCUCUGAUCCUAACGCUGACUGCUGCAAUGCAAAGACAUGCCAGCGCGACAGCUGGCGAUGUUGUAAAAGGAGCCAGCUGGACACCCCUAUGCUCUAUUACAGCUGACUCAGAGAAAUUAGCCGCGAACCUGCUGCAAAACCUGAUACAAAAUGCCCGAGAUGGUGAAACAGCGCUGCAACGCUUGCUGCGGGCACUCGUGUAUAACGAAGCAACAGGCGGCCAGCCACUAAGCAAUGCGACAAUGGCAGUCUGGUCGCUAUAUGCUGAGGUAGCGGGCAGAGCAGCUGCGAGGAUACAACAAACAGAAGCCAAAGCGGUAGUAACAGCAGCGCGAAACAUAGGGCGUCUGCAAGGGGCCAUUAGCGAAUUCCUUGAAAGUCAAGCCGACGCGUCGGCUGACAACAAAGGCUGCCUCCAAGCAGCCGCAGGCACAACCGCCGUCAUCGUUGGCAAACAACAGCUCUACAGGGAACAACCGACGUGCAAGAUGUCGUGGGACGAGGUCAAAAACGAAAAAACAACCACCAGCGUUAUAACAGCAACAGGGAUCAAGCACACCAACAGCGGCGGCCAAGAGAAUGGUCAGACGAUACACAGCGGGCAGGGCACAGACUGCGACAUAUCACAACCACAAUCGAGCUUCAAGCUAACGUACGGCAGCAGAGGCAACGACGUAGCGGGUCACGUGCCUAAGUUAGCGGCCGGCUACUUCACAGUAGAUGCCACGGGCUUUAAAAUACCGAAACACGACACACUGCAGGACGCAACAACAGCCAGCCCGUACUUAGGGAAGGCGAUCGAAGCAGUAACAGCGGUGCCCGCAAAAGAGGCAGCGACCAGCAUAAAGACGAUCGCCGAACUCAAAGCACACCAGGACUUCAAAGGCCCAGCCCGACGGUAUUUACUUGGCAAAAAGCUGACGGAGACAGACGGCGAUACACAACUGGAAGAGAAGAUAACAAACGCAUACGUGAACGAUGACAACGCGAAGAAAGCUUUAUUUGAAGCAGUGGACGCAUACCAAAUACAUGAUAACCUGCGGCCAAGCCCAGCUGACGACACACUCGGUAAGAUCACUAGCAUUCAUAUCCUAAUGCACCUAUACUUUCACUACAGGUCGGCGCGCGAGCAGGCAAUUCAAAACCGAAUGCAGAAACUACAGGAAAAAGCGAAACACGCGUCGGACACAAUAUCUACAGAAGAAAAGGAGAAGGAAUGCAAUACCAAAGGCAAGGACGACGAAGAAGCGUGCAAAAAACUAGCCAAAGAUGGGUGCGUUUUUAACCCCAAAGGAAACGAGGGCAAAAAGUGUGAGUUGAAAAAGGAGGUGAAAGCUGAGCCAGAAAAGGAAAAAGAGAAUGAAGAAAAAGAUAAAAAAACUGACUCAAAGUGCACAGGAAAAGAACAAAAAGACUGCGAAAAGGCUCCUGAAUGCAAAUUGGAAAAUAAUGCUUGCAAGAAUUCCAUUUUUCUCGUAAAUAAGAAACCUGUUCUGAUGGCUGAUGCUUUUGCGGAUUUGUAA